CCGGCUACACCAUCUCUCUCUCUCCACUGUCAUUCCUCCGCCGUAUCCCUCCCUCCAUGACCGACGAAGGCAGCGGCAAUUGCAGCUCCUCCUUGUACCAGGUAUAGCAUGUGGCACAAUGUGGGGAACAUCGUCCAUCAACGCAUGCCUUUUGUGGUCAGACACUUUUCAAGACUUUCUCCACCAUCACCUGCUUGUGCUGAGCAAGUCAUACGAGUUUCUAACAACAUAGCCCAUUUGGGACGUCCAAAAGAGGGCCCCAAGCCUCGACAGCUCCUAUCCUUGCCCCCAUUCCCUGCUCAUCCUCUGGCUGGAAAGAACUCGGUUACUACCGAUGGGCAGAACCCCCAUGUCACUGCCAUUACCUGGAUAAAGUAUUACUUUGAUGAAAUACCCGGCUCUGUGAUUCAAUCGCAUUUCAACAAAGGCCUUGUGCAGAUGGACUCUCCUAAUUUAAAUGAUUUAUCCAUAGAGAAUGGAGGACAAACAAAACUACGCAAGAGAAAGAUUAAGCAUAACGAGGUCAUGAAGGUGGGGGCAAGAGUGUAUGUACCUGUAUCUGUUGCUGAAUCUAGAAUUUCUAAGAGAUUUGACACGAUACCAAGUGGGACUUUAUAUCCGAAUGCUGAUGAGAUAGAGUACUUGCAAAGGCUUGUCAAGUACAAGGACUCUGCUAUACUGGUGCUGAAUAAGCCCCCCAAAUUGCCAGUAAAGGGGAGCCUACCCGUUCAUAACAGCAUGGAUGCCUUGGCUGCUGCAGCAUUGUCUUAUGAUUAUGAUGAGGGUCCUAAGAUGGUGCACCGUCUAGACAGAGAGAGCAGUGGCCUUCUUUUAAUGGGAAGAACAAAAGAAAGCAUAUCUCGUCUGCAUUGGCUGUUCAGUGACAUAAAUAAAGCGACAUCCUUGUAUAAGGCUUGGAAUGAUGCAUGCAAAGCAACAUAUCAGAGGUAUUGGGCAUUGGUCAUUGGUUCUCCCAAGGAAAUGGAAGGUGUAAUUUCUGCUCCUCUUUCAAAGGUACUUCUUAAUGAUGGAAAAACUGAGAGGGUGAUUUUGGCUCAUCAAUCAGGUUUUGAACCUUGCCAAGAGGCUGUAACAAAAUAUAGGGUGCUUGGUCCUAUGAUAAACGGAUGCUCCUGGAUUGAAUUGCAUCCACUCACAAGCCGGAAGCAUCAGCUUCGAGUCCAUUGUGCUGAAGCUCUUGGUACACCAAUAGUGGGUGACUAUAAGUAUGGUUGGUUUGUGCAUCGUAGAUGGAAGCAAAUGCCUAGAGUUGAUUUUGAGCCAACAACUCGGGAACCAUAUAAGUUGAGGAGGCCAAAAGGAUUGGAUGUUCAGAAAGGAAGUGUCUUAUCUAAGGUUCCCUUGCUCCAUCUGCAUUGCAGGGAGCUUGUACUUCCCAACAUUGCCAAAUCUCUUGAGCUUGAUAAUCAAAAAUCAGAAAUCCACCGCCCAAACACCAAGCAUAGCUCAAAGCCAGAUGUCCUUCGAUUUGUGGCGUCAAUGCCUUCCCAUAUGAAGAUUAGUUGGAAUCUCAUGUCUUCUUACUUGGUAUAACAGCAUGUCUUGUUUGUUUCCCAGUGUUGACCUGUCUCUCUGCACAACCUACUUUGGACUAUAUAUUUUGCACAUAUAUAUAUGAAUAUGACUGUGUUCUUGGAACUGCACCACCAACAGUUUUGUACCAGAAUUGAUUCCAAGUUGAGAAAUUGAAAGGCAGCUUGAUGGCCAUUUGUUUCAAAAAAAUGGGAAACUUAAUAAGCUAUGUCAUUGCAUUGAUUUUCCAUAUAGCAUUGCAUGAAGCAA